ACUUGACCCGAGGCGUCGCGAAACACAACUAAAUCUCCUUGGCCUAAUCGUGAUGGGCGCGUUUUUUCUCCAUCCCAGCCCCAAAUAUAUAGAGGAAGAAGAGUGAAAACUGGGAAUCGGUGUGUGGCUUUCGUUCGUCGAAUCGAUUGGUGAUUAUCCUGUUGUGGGAGGAUUGAAGGAUGAAACAUUCAUUGCAGUGAAUUUAUCGAAUGUGUGGACAAUCUCUCUAAAGAGUUGCUGGUGGUAUUGGAAGUGAGGAAAGCAUUGUCUGCAGCGCUUCGGAUUUAGUGUUGAAGUGGAAGUUUGCUUCCUAGUGAUGACGAUGGUGGUGGUGAUGUAAUUAAUGUGUCGGUGGGAGGAAAUUUUUAACAAGAGUUAUUUGUGAGUGCAGGAUUAUACAGCGGUCGGCAGGUGGUAUCCUGUACAUAAGUGGCGUGCUGUGCGAUUAGUGUUGCUUCAAAUUAAGGAAGCGGAAGCAAUUUAGUCGACGCUGGUAAAAGUGUAAGACAUCGGACAUCGAAAAGACGGUGGUGCUUAAGCAGAAGAACAGGAUGACGUAGGCAUAACGGAGCAACGAUGGAAUCAACGAUUUAAGCAUGGUGACCUCAUAAAAUGGAAAUCGCAACCUACGAACGACAACCGAACGAGACAUGAUCGAUAACAUCAUGACGCGUGACAGCGAAAUACCGGCCAUAUUCAACCCAAAACGUGUUCGUGCCCCCUCCGUGGUCGUAACGGGAGAUUCGCCAAAUGGACCCUUCGGUGGGUUCACCAACAAUGUGCCACAGAUUAUGCAUUCGGACUCGGUGACCUCCAGUCAGCACGACGGCCAAGACAGCCUAAUCGGGGUGACGGUCACCGGAACCGGAUGCGAUACUCCAACCAUGGGAGCACCCGGCCAGCCAGGAUUGGUCAUCGGUAACAACACCAACCCACCUGGGACGCCAACCCCGACCAAUACGUCCCGACUGAAAGGAUGUCGCGAUUCGUGCUGUUCCGAACUGGCUCAAAAGAUGUACUUCGGUGUCUGCGUGACGAUCUUGGUCACAGCAUCCUGGGUCGGGGCAACCCACUGCAUCAAGUUUCUCUAUCUCCGACGCAACGCGUACGCUUCCACACUGCCCCCUCAUCUGACGGCAUUCAUCACCGAUACCGAGAGUGUCCUGACGACGGCGGACACAAACUCGUCGGCCAUGAUCAUACACGGGUUCGGUCCGACGACAUCGUUCAUGCCAUCGACAACGAAGCCGAUCGUCACUUCGGACCGGGUUGUACCACCGACAUCGACGCACAUCUUCAAUGCGCCGUUCUUUGCAUCGUGGUUCUGUACCAACUUUUCUAUAUUGUUCUUCCCGAUUUACAUCCUCGGACGGGUGGCCAUCAAGAAGUGCGACGGCACCGGCGAGGUCCUCGGGGAGAUACUACGGGGCUUCCGGGAUCGGGGUUUCACCAUCGGGAGAUUUCUGAAUAGGUGCUUGACGUUCUGCAUACUGUGGCUGCUAACGACCUACCUGUACGCGCUGUCGCUGAAGGCCCUACUGGCGACGGACGUGAUGGCACUGUUUGCAACGAAUGUGGCGUGCGUGUACCUGUUGGCGUGGGUCAUACUGCAGGAGCAAUUUGUCGGAGUGAGGAUCGUGGCGGUCAUUAUGUGCGAUACCGGCAUUGCCCUGCUAGCCUACAUGGACGGAAUUACGGGUAGCCCGACGUUGGGCGGAGUAGUACUGGCAGCACUGGCUGCCGCCGGCUACGCAGUAUUUAAGGUUAUGUUUCGUAAGGUGAUGGGCGAUCCUCCAGUCGGGCAAAUUGCAUUCACUUUCUCCAUCAUUGGCUUUCUGAACGCGGCCAUCCUGUGGCCGGUUUGCAUCGCGCUGUACUUUACCGGUGCCGAAGUGAUGCCCUGGGAUACGCUACCGUGGAUCGUGCUGCUAAUGGCCAGCAUAUUGUUGCUAGUUUUCCACAUCUUGACGCAGUUUAGCAGCGCCGUUACGUACAAUAUGUUCGUUACAUUAGGUUUAAUUACGGCUGUGCCAGUGUCGGCAGCAUUAGACAUCGUCCUGUAUGGAGCGCAAUUUGCCGGAAUGAAGCUGGCGGGUAUUAUAUUAAUAUCCGUUGGCUUCUUCCUGGUCAUGUUUCCCGACAACUGGCCCGACUAUAUCACACGGCUGCUCAGAAAAACUGGUCGUGCAUUGCUAAGAAACCGUUGUUGUCGCGAUUCCGCUGACAAUGAUUACGAAAAUUCGAAAUAUCAUCUUGUUGGGUCACAACGCGAGAUGGGGCCGUCAUCCGCGAAGCGGAACUCCAUCCCAGCAUCGCGACGUCAUCGACUAUCGGACGGGCUACAUUCGAUCGCAUCUUCGCUCUCCCUCUGGCCGGGUGAGAUGACCGCCGAGCAGCAACAGUACCAGCAGCAGCAGCAGCCACAGCAGCAUAUGCAUCACUUUCAGCACUACAUUCGUAGCGACUAUGGCAGCGAUAGCGUUAGUUUGAACUCCAAGCUACGUCACUACUCGCUGACGGAGACGACCAACUUCGGUGGACGGAAGUUUGGGGGUGGUGGUGUAAGUUCGACUAUGGCACAACCAUCCUCGAGGCAGAUCAAUGGCCGGAGUAGUUCGUAUGGGUCGCUGCAGUAGAUUCUUCGAGAUCUUCUGUAUUCCAAGCAUUAACGAGAUCAUUCCAUCUGAACCCAUGUUGCUUAAACUCAUUAACAUUACUUCGAUAUUACUAUAUUUAGAUAUACAUUUCAAUGGCGAGGAGAUCAGAAGAAGGGAUGGUAGCACUGCUUGACACCAGAAUUGACAUCACUUUUGUAACUUUCUUCAUUAUUGAUUUACCAUCGGUCAUGGUACAGUUUCUUGAUUCAAAAGGAAACUCAGUCAGAAUCACUAAUUCAAUUCACUUGCCUUUGAACAUUAGGAGUGAUAAAUAUUGUUGAAGAAUUUCAGGUAUUUCAUUUGAUGUUUUAGUUUCACCAUGAUAGAACUAGCAACGAAACAAUCAACUCUAUUUUCCAAAUUUCUCGAACAGCUUUUUUUUAUUCGUCAAUCGCGAUGUAAAUGAUUACUUCCUGGACACAGGAACACAGAGUUGACAGGGACAUUUGUCUCGUCCCGGUGAUGGUUGUAGCAUGUGUGCUUAUCAAAUGCAACAUGAGGCACAAAAACAGUCGUGCAGCAAGCAAGCAGUGUUGUAAACAUUUAAUCUAAAAAAACGAAAACAAAAUCACAGAGAAGGAUGCCACAUUUUCGAAUCCAACACCGAAAAAAAAAUCAAGUUUCAGCACCGUUUACACUUUAGAUGCCAAUUAAUCCAAAAUUACAAAAAAAAAUAAUAAGUCGACAGAAACAUGGCAAGCAAUAUCGUCAAAUAAAAGAAAAACAGAAUUUGCCAACUCAAAAGCGAACAGAAAUGACAAAAACUUGACAGAAGUGGCUGAAUGAUAAGAGAAAGCGAACUUUCUUCCCCGUGUACAGUUUGUGGCAAAACGAAGGAAUUGUGAUAAAUUCAAUACUCAUUUCUGAAGUUUCCACAAAUUAAGGAUAUAUUUUCAUCAAAAUCAUGCACCACAAGCUGUACCGUUUAAGUGGUUCACUAUUAAAUAACGAGAAACAAAAAUAGCGAUCGGAAACAUUCCCAAACUAGUAUUUAAGAUUAGAAUAGGAUGGUACAUUUAUAGCCAAACGUGAUAGAACAUUGUCAAAAAUGAAAAAAAAAAACAAUUCCCUAAAAUUAAUCAGAGAAUGAUAAGUAACUCCCAAUAAUCUGCAAAGCACUAGAUCCACUCCUGGAUGCAACAUUUAAAGCAAAUUCAUAUUUUCUGGUAGAAGACACCAUCACAAAAAUCACAUCAAUUUCACUUUUGUAAAUUCAAUUUCCCCAAUAUUCAAAACACGACAAAAUAUAACGAAAACUUUAUUGUAAAACAAAAUACAACAGUAACUGUAACAAUCAAAUUUUUUGCGAGCAUUUCAGCGAACUUCAAAGAUGUCGUCAUUUUUUGUCCAGCAAAGCGGAUAGCAAGAAGAGCAAAAUCAACUAAUCACUGUUUUUACUAAACAAAAAAAAAAAUACUGCAUUUGAUAGCAACUCUGGAAUAACAAACAAUAAAUAGAAACGUUCAAUUUUUAAACUUUAGCACUUACGGACGUUCGGUGGUCAAUAGCCGGGAAGAUGAAAUGAGUAAAGCAACUGUUAAUGGAACGGUGAUUUAAUUUAUCGAUUUUAAUGUAUAAAUACAAGAACAAGAAGAAAAAUAAAACAAUAAUAGUACAUGAUGAAUGUCUAUUUACGUUUCGUUACCUGUCGGUAGUUUGGAUAAUGUUAAAAACGAAUGUGAAAGCAGCACCAGAACCAUGGAAGGAAUAGAAAGUGUUAGAAUUUUUCAAUAAAAGUGAUACACUAACCUAGCCAAAUUCUGUAAAAA